AUGAUGCGUCCCGCCAUCCUCGCGCGCCGCGCAUGCGCGGUCGUCUUGGCGCUUCUCAGCGCCGGCCUCGGCCGCACGAAUGACAGCGACGCGGCAAAUCCGCCAGCGGUGCUGACGGCGCGCGCGCAGCCAAUGGCGGGGCCGCGGUGCGUGAACCGGUUUCCGGAGAAGCCGCUGUGCAAGUUCGUCGACGACCUCGCCGCGUCGCCGCUCACCUUCGUGGACGCGUCGGCCGGCGAGACCAUCAAACUCGGCGCGUACGACGUUUACCAGAAGUUCCACCGCGACCUGCCCGCCACCAAGGUGUACGCGUUCGGCAUCUCCCGCAGCUCGGCGCGCUACCCGGGCCCCGUGCUCCUCACCACACGCGGCACCACCACCAGGGUGAAGUUUGCGAAUUACAUCAGGGACAAAGCGCACAUGUUCACCAUCGACCCCACCCUCAUGGCGCCCAAGCUGAAACACGGCGGUGUGCCCAUCACCGUCCAUAAGCAUGGCGGGGAGACGCCAAGCAAAUCCGACGGUCACCCUCUGGCGUGGCACACGGCGAGUGGCGAGCACGGACCCGAGUUCGAAUCCCAAGAGCACACAUAUCCAAACAUGCAACGCGCGACGAUGCUGUGGUAUCACGACCACACGAUUGGAAUGACGGCACAGAACGUGGUCGCGGGAUUGGCGGGGCUUUAUGUUAUCCGCGACCCGCAGGGCGAGGAGAGGCGGCUCAAGAGGUGGCUGCCACGUGGCGAGCGCCUAUUGCACCUCGUGAUCGCUGAUAGAAUAUUUUUCCCGAACGGAUCCAUCGAUUAUCCGAAGCAGGGCCUCGUGCCGAACGUCCACCCGAAUUGGAUACCGGGUUACAUUGGCGAUACAAAUGUUGUAAAUGGCAAGGUUUGGCCGUUCCUCAAGGUUUGGCGAGCGAUGCACCGGAUGCGCAUGGUGAGUGCAGCCAAUGCACGCACGUACAACCUGACCUUCCAGUGCGCCGCCUGUGGCGACUCCAACUUCAACCCCCCUCUCACUGGACCACUGCUGCCAUUUUACCUGAUUGGUUCUGAUGGCGGCUACCUCGCCCGCCCCCUGCGCCGCGCCUCGCUACUCGUCGUCCCUGGCACGCGGCACGACCUCCUUCUCGACUUCAACGCUGCGCCCGCGUGGUGCCGUGACGUCAUUCUUGUCAACAGCGCCGCCAUUCCCUUCCCUGUGGGGCAGCCGGCUGACUGGUUCACGGGCGUGGUCAUGCGCUUCAUCAUCACCCAGCGCUCUCCAAUCAAGCCCCCCGCCCUGCCCAACAAGCUGUCGGAAAUCCCCCCGGUGGAUCUCAUCCAGGCAGUGAGGCAGCGUUGGCGGGUUUUAGUGUUUGUGAUCAACCGCGUGUCACGGCAACCGAGUGCCAUGCUGCUGGAUGGCAAGGCCUCCUCUGCUCCUGCCACCGAGAAGGCCCAAGUGGGCACAUCAGAGCUUUGGCACAUCAUCAAUCCGACAUUCGAGACGCACCCCAUCCACCUCCACCUCAUACAACACCGCCCCAUCUCCCGCCGUCCGAUCAACUCUGGCGGGCUAAUCAAUGGCUCAUGUUCGCUCGCGCCCUCGUCCCCUGUCAAGCCCAGCUGCUUCACAGGGCCGGCUCGGCCCGUGCCAGAGCAUGAGAGGGGAUGGAAGGACACCACUGUUGCAUUCCCCGACAGCGUUCUCACUGUCUUUGUGCCGUUCAAGGGGCAGGAUGGCAAGCCGUUCCCCUUUGAUGCCACAGAGGGCCCGGGCUAUGUGUGGCACUGCCACAUGAUGGAGCACGGGGACAACGACAUGAUGAGGCCGCUCAUCAUGACCACAGGGGGGUUACCUAAAAUUACAGGUGGCUCUGCCAUGCAUUGGGACAUGGCUGCUUAG